CUUUGAAUGACGUCUCUUUUUUUUCUUUGUCAUGCUGAAGCAUCAGCCCGUUCCCUGUGUGAGUUCAGAGUGUAAAUUACCAAACUGAGGAAGCUGCUCAGCUCUACACAGACAGCCAACUGACAGGAAGGAAGGAACAACUACUACGCUGCAACUCGACAAAAACUUCUUGUCACUUUUAUCUUCAAUUUCUCUUCAAAAGCUCGAACAUCUUUCAUUCUCAGGGCUGUACGGAAAUAUACACUACAUGCUGGCAAAAAGGGGGAACUAGAGCUUAGCAGCACCCCCCUCUCUCUCCCCUUCUCUAGCACACAAUAUCCUCUUUUGGACCCAACCAGCCCCCGUUUUUAUGUUAUCUCUUUGGUUUUAGUGUGGCACACACACACACAGAGUGGGGAUGUUUGCCUGGGCAGAUGGUGCCCAGUGUGUGGACUAGAAGCUGAGACAAGGCUGAGAGGGACAGACUCCUCGUCCAUCAUGGGAUGCUGCAGUGUGACCCAGAGGCAUACUGGAGUGGACGAGGUGGGCCCUGAUGAGAUCGAGCUCUUGGAACUCUCUGGAGACAACUUAGGGGUGUGGAGUCUGGGCGAAAUCAGGCUUCAGCUGUCAGUGAGGAACGGCAGAGAUGAGGAGCAGCCGCCGCCUCAGCGCUACCCUUCAACACGACACAUGGAACAAGAGGUGGUGCUGUGGGGCCGGAGCACAGAUGAGCUGCGUCAUAGGAUUUACUCCCAGCAUCCAAUCAGGGGCUGGGAGGGCCAACCUGCCCACAUGUAUGGAGAGGUUAUCCACUGCUCCCUGGUGUCUCUCUACAACAGCUACACACAGGAAAUCAGUGAACAUUUCCUGGUGUUGUUCUCGUUUCACCUGCUGAUCCUCUCUUUGGACCACUCUCGACAAGACUUUAUCUAUGAGGGCAUCCUUCCUCUUUCUGGACUUUCCUUCCAAGCUGUCUCCCUGGACCCUGACACGUCACAUUCACCACACAUGUUUGAGAUAAGCGGUCCAAUGGUGGAUUCCAAGGUGUUCAUAUGUGCCAGUGCUGCAGAGUUACAGAAAUGGAUGCAGCAAAUAGAAGACAGGAAGCACAAGUCAAUGACACAGGCCAUGAACGCCUCUCACUGUGCUCUCUCCUACCUCUUACCAUGUGAUGCGCGCUGGAAAAGAGAAGAACUACUUAAAUACUUACUACAAGCUCCAAUAUGGCAGUGGGAGGGCUCGCCCAUACAGCACAUGGGUCAGCCAAGAUACAUAUCUAUCGUCCAUACCGUCAACUCACAGAGACAGGGACUCCAAGAAAGACUGAUGCUUCUCUUCCCUCAAGAUGUCCUGCUGCUGUCAGUUGACAACAAGCGGCUGAAUAUACGAUAUGAGGGCAGGUUACCCCGACACAGCAUCAGAGCAGUGGAGCGCUCAACAUUGCCUGGACGACUGGAGUUUGACCUGAUCGGUGACCUGGUGGAGCCCCUGCAGGUCUCUUGUACCUGCCUGGAGGAUUUUCAGAACUGGAUUUUUCAGUUACAACAGCCCGACAGAAGCAGUCACAAUACUGUGAGUCAAGCUGCACCUCCAGUCAUGCCAAAGCCUCAAAGGAGCAGGAAGGAGUCCCACGAACCGAUCAUAACUGCCGACCAAUGUCGCAUCAAUGGACGCAGCUGACUCAUCAGAACGUGGAAAAGCUUGAAAUUUCACUGUAAUUACAAAUCUAAAACUAACUGUGUAGAUAGCCUGUACAGUACAUAUUACUUUUAUGUUUAACUGUGCCACAAAAUGGAGUUACAGCAGUGAAGAUUUUCUGGAAUGUUUUCACCCUGUUUUUGAUAUGUUUGGGUGAUUUCUUUUUUUUUUCCACUCUGAAGGACUGAAAAGAUACUUAAGGUUCUCUUUCAUGAGGGGACACACGGAAACAAGUCCAUGGCCUAGUUUAAGAGCAGAUCGUAGCUGAUGAAAUGUUAGAUGUAGAAAUUGUAGCGCGGUAGAGGUUACAAAAGCAAUAGAACUGAACAAACUGUACAUAAAGACAUAGACAUAAUAGUUUACCCUUUCAGAAUAAACUAUUUAAAAAGUUGAAUCUACAGAGUUAAAAAAAUCAUUAUUUCAACACAACAUACAAUGGAAGUGUCUGUUUUUAUUUCAGUGGUUAAAGAUUUACAGUAGAAUGGAGAAAUCAAGUAAACAUCCAGUGUAUUACAGUAUUUAUAGUCAUUAUGGUAUUAGAAAUUACUCUGAAUGCAAAGUUUAUAGUAAUGGAAUGUCAUAAUAUCUGUUACAUCUUUUUUUCAUAUAAAUUACUGUCAAAAAGGUAAAUGCACCAUCUUCUACUCUUUAUACAUGAAGCCAUCUACAGUAAAGUACAUUUACAUCAGAAUCUCCUUAGAGAACAACCAGCUAGAGGAGUAUAAAUACACAUGCUGCUACAGCAACCAUUUAAAUUACAACUAACAACUUAGAUAUAGAAAAAAGUAGGGUUAUAAACAUUUCAUGUGCCACUGGUAGAGUUGACAUUUGAUGGCUGAUUAUAGUGGUUCAUUAAUAACAGGUCUCAGCUCAGUUAUACUGCGCUAUUGAUCAUUUGGGGAUUUUUUCACUUCAGGAGGGGAAUGUUGUGAAUGACGUAGACCUAAAUGUAAGUCAGUGCUUAGUGUAUAACAGCAUUAUUUUAUUCUGUAUUAUUAGUGUAAUAAAAUAAUGUGG